AUGUUUUGUUUCUUCACAGCCUUUGUCCCCCCUCUUUUUUUUUUUUCCCCUUCUCUCUUCCUCUUUGUUCCAACGUUUCUCCUCUUUCAAAAUACCUCUCUACUAUUUUUCCCUGCCUCUUUUGAAACCUAUCAUGUCCAUGUCUUGACCUUUGUUGUUGUCGUUGACCUAAUCUCACCCGUUCUUCUCCCUCCAGAGGUGCCGGUGUCAUCGGUGCUCUGCCUCUCCUCGGUCAGAGAGCUACCGGUUCAGGUCAGGGAACUCUACGCGCAGGGUUUUGUCCUGGUCGCCGUCCACCCGUUUGUCCAUCCCUGCGGGCCUCGUCACGCACACAUCCAGCGCCAGCUCCACCGGGCCGUGCUGGUCCGAGAGACGCCAAGUUCAGAGAAAAGCCAACUGAGGUGGGCGAGACAUCGUCUGGAGACAGACGUGUGUGUGGCAGGUCACCAGGCUGCUGAACCAGAAGUGAUCCAGAGCUACGUGAAGAGGAUCCAGGAUGUAGCAGAGCAAGGGGUGAUGUUUGUGGGCUUUCUGCAGCAGCCGGGCGGAGGACCCUGCUACUUGGGGCACUGGGACCCCGACGAGCUGUCCUCCUUACAUUCAAGCCCGUCGCCCAUACACCGACACCCCUUCAGCGCCAACAACAGCCCAACGGAUCCUACGGAACCACAUCAUAAUGACUCGGAGCAUGACCGUCACACCUUUGAACCUCGAGAGUUGGAUCACGAGGGUGAAGAACACGACACGCGGGACCACAAGACAAGAGAACCGGACUUCGGUCCUCUGAAACCCAUCCAGAGUUUAGAUCUUAACCAGGACGAGUCCAAUGAGCAGCUCCAGAACUUACAGAUCGACCUCGAGGAGUCACUAGAAUCGACGAACCGACAUCAAGAUCACAGCGGCGUCGACACAGUUCAGUGGCAUUCAAAUCAAAACCCAGCAGAAGAGAAAGGGAACCAGCGGUAUCCCAGCCCUCCAGAAGCUGCGGGUAUAAUCAGACAGCAGAGUUGUCGUCUACCAGACGUCCCAGGAUCCACCGAGAAACAUUUUAACCUUUCCAAUCAGGGGGAAGGACAAAGUUCAAGCUCCGACAGCUGGCCCAGCUCUCCAGAACUGGAUCGAACCCAUGACAGGAAGUCCAGCUCGAGCUGCACAGAUGGGCAAAGCAGAGCAACGACACACAACAACAACAACCUCCGGCUCAAGAGUUCAGAGAAAGAUGAGGAUGCAACUUUACCACCAGCGCAGGGUAGGAUGCAGCUCUUCGCCUUGUACAACCACACAGGGGAGCUGAACACUUCUCUGAGGUUCUACUCACUCAGGGUGCCACUGCAAGUGCAAAAGGAAGCGGGGCAAAUCACGGAAGUUGACACGCACUGGCUCGACCACAUGACUCAGCAUUUCACCAGCGGCGCGCACCUCAUCGAUGGCUUUUUCCACCUUGAAGACGAUAAUGACAAUGGCGUUUCAUCUGUGGAUAGCGUGUUCAUCUUCCAGAGCUCCGCAGAGGAGACCGCAAACACCUCCUACGAUGCCAUCGUGGUCGAGCAGUGGACCGUCGUUGAUGGUGUGGUGGUGAAGACGGACUACAUCCCCUUGCUCCAGUCUCUGGCGCCGUAUGGGUGGAGGCUGAUGUGUGUGAUACCCACACCCAUUGUGAAGACCAACAGUGACGGGAGUUUGUCGACCAAGCAAAUCCUCUUCCUUCAGAGACCCGUUCUGCAGCGCAAGAGAAAAGACUUCAAGAUGCGGAACCUCAGGGGUCGCAGCAAGGCGAAGAAGUUUACCGGGGAAACGGAAGAGGAGAGAGAGAACAUGUCCCCUCUGAUGGAGACGGAGAUGGACAGGUUGAGGAGAAACUCAAAAGAGGAGGAGGAAGCAGAGGAGAGGAAGAGCAGGGACAGCGGAAGGAGCGAGGAGAGGGAAGAGGAUGCGCGGCAUCAAAGGGGCUUCUCGUUGCUUUCGGGGAGCAGGGCUUCUGUCGAGGAACGGGAAGAGGAGACCGACAUUGACAAGAUCUCAAUGUCCGAGCAGGAGCUGAGAUGGACAGAUGUGUGUCAGAUAGAUGAUGGAGGGGUCAAGGAGGAGGCGAAGACGGAAGAGAAGAUCAAGCAGCAGCUGUUUUCCGGCGUCUGUUGACACAUUGGGCACAAAGCAGGCGAGGGGGGCCGGGGCCCGUUAAGUUGAUCAAAAACAAUGCCUUUUAAAAUAACUGUGUUGAUCUGGAUUUCUUUUGUUCCUCUGACAGCCCAGAUGCAGUCAGUCAUACUGUUACGUUCCCUCCAGUCUGCUCUGUUUGGGGCUUUAACACCGUUGCAAGGCUUUGAGGUUGUAGUUUCCACACGUGGGAGAGUGUUGUGCAGUUCUCUGCUUUGGGUCAGUGUUGCUAUUUGAUGUCUCCUUAUAUGAAACGAAACUGUGCGAGGCUAAUCAAGUCUCCAAGCCUUACGUGUUAUUUUCUUGUUGUAUUUUACUACUUUCUUGUAAUAGGACUGUUAAAAAAAAAAAAGAAGGGAGUACUGCUUUCACUGGGCUCGCUGUAUUUUAUAUGUAAAGUAUUUUAAUUUAAGAUAGAAA